UCCCCGAGCGACCCCCGGCAUCCGCCCGCCGCGCCGAGGCCCGGGCGUACCUCACCGGGCUCCCGGCCCGCCCCGGUCGGGCCCACACCGACCCCCGUCCGCACGCGCCCCGGAGCCGCGCCGGGAGCCGGACCCCAGCCGCCGGGACCCCUGGCGCCUGGCCCUGCGCCCGGAGGUCUGCCAGCAACUGGCCCAGGUGAGGGCGGCAAGCUCACUUAUCCUGGUGGUUCUUGCAUGGUAGUGGUGACAGCAGGAGCCAGGACUGAGGAAAAGGGGGAGCCGGGAACCCCAGCCCCACUGCAGGCCCCAACAUGGCGCCGUUCCUGCGCAUUGCCUUCAACUCCUACGAGCUGGGCUCCCUGCAGGCUGAGGAUGAGGCAAGCCAACCCUUCUGUGCCGUGAAGAUGAAGGAGGCGCUCAGCACAGACCGUGGGAAGACGCUGGUGCAGAAGAAGCCCACCAUGUAUCCUGAGUGGAAGUCGACGUUCGAUGCCCACAUCUACGAGGGCCGCGUCAUCCAGAUUGUGCUGAUGCGGGCCGCCGAGGAGCCGGUGUCCGAGGUGACCGUGGGCGUGUCAGUGCUGGCCGAGCGCUGCAAGAAGAACAAUGGCAAGGCCGAGUUCUGGCUGGACCUGCAACCCCAGGCCAAAGUAUUGAUGUCUGUGCAGUAUUUCCUGGAAGACAUAGAUUGCAAGCAGUCUGUUCGGGCUGAAGACGAGGCCAAGUUCCCAACAAUGAACCGCCGUGGAGCCAUCAAACAGGCCAAAAUCCACUACAUCAAGAACCAUGAGUUUAUCGCCACCUUCUUUAGGCAGCCCACCUUCUGUUCUGUGUGCAAAGACUUUGUCUGGGGUCUCAACAAGCAAGGCUACAAAUGCAGGCAAUGCAAUGCUGCCAUCCACAAGAAAUGCAUCGACAAGAUCAUCGGUCGGUGCACUGGCACCGCGGCCAACAGCCGGGACACCAUAUUCCAGAAAGAACGUUUCAACAUUGACAUGCCGCACCGGUUCAAGGUUUACAACUACAUGAGCCCCACCUUCUGUGACCAUUGUGGCAGCCUGCUCUGGGGGCUGGUGAAGCAGGGAUUAAAGUGUGAAGACUGUGGCAUGAACGUGCACCAUAAGUGCCAGAAGAAGGUGGCCAACCUCUGCGGCAUCAACCAGAAGCUCUUGGCUGAGGCACUGAACCAAGUCAGCCAGAGACCCACCCGGAAGUCGGAGUCUGGGCCUCCGGAGCAUUUCGGGAUCUACCAGAAUUUUGAGAAGAAGCCAGGAGUCUCUGGAGAUGAUGCCCCAGGUGAAGCUAAGGCCCAUUUCUCCCAGGAAAGCCCUAUCUCCCCACAGGGGCUCAGGAUGGAGCCUAGCCUCCCUCCACUGUCAAACCACAGUACCUACGGCAAGAUCUGGGAGGGCAGCAACAGAUGCAACAUUGAGAACUUCACCUUCCACAAGGUCCUGGGCAAAGGCAGCUUCGGGAAGGUGCUGCUUGCAGAGCUGAAGGGCAAAAAGGAGUUCUUCGCCAUCAAGGCCCUCAAGAAGGAUGUGGUUCUGAUUGAUGAUGACGUGGAGUGUACCAUGGUGGAGAAGCGGGUGUUGGCGCUCGCCUGGGAGAAUCCCUUUCUCACCCACCUCUUAUGUACAUUCCAGACCAAGGACCACCUGUUCUUCGUGAUGGAGUUCCUCAACGGGGGAGACCUGAUGUACCACAUCCAGGAUAAAGGCCGCUUUGAACUCUACCGUGCCACGUUUUAUGCAGCUGAGAUAAUCUGUGGACUACAGUUUCUACACAACAAGGGGAUCAUUUACAGGGACCUCAAGCUGGACAAUGUGAUGCUGGACCAGGAUGGCCACAUCAAGAUUGCCGACUUUGGGAUGUGCAAGGAGAACAUAUUCGGGGAGAAACAGGCCAGCACCUUCUGCGGCACCCCUGACUAUAUCGCCCCCGAGAUCCUGCAGGGCCUGAAGUACUCGUUCUCCGUGGACUGGUGGUCCUUUGGAGUCCUUCUCUAUGAGAUGCUCAUUGGUCAGUCCCCCUUCCACGGUGACGAUGAGGAUGAACUCUUCGAGUCCAUCCGUAUGGACACACCACAUUAUCCCCGCUGGAUCACCAAGGAGUCCAAGGACAUUCUGGAGAAGCUGCUUGAAAGGGAUCCAACCAAGAGGCUGGGAGUGACAGGGAACAUCAAAGCCCACUCCUUCUUCAAGACCAUCAACUGGACGCUGCUGGAGAAACGUGCGGUGGAGCCGCCCUUCAAGCCCAAAGUGAAGUCCCCUGGAGACUACAGCAACUUCGACCAGGAGUUCCUGAACGAGAAGCCACGCCUCUCCUACAGCGACAAGAACCUCAUUGACUCCAUGGACCAAGCAGCCUUUGCUGGCUUCUCCUUCGUGAACCCCAAAUUUGAGAGGCUCCUGGAAAAGUGAGGUUCCCAGACAUGCCGCCCAACCCAUCCCAGCCAGGGAGCCUGGGUCAGCCAGCAUGGUCUGCCCACCCAGCCCAGACAGAGCAGGCUGGGGCCACCCCUUCCUCGGCACCUGUCAGCCGCCCACCAUAAGCAACAGUGUGAUUGUUGUGAUUUCUGCUGCUGCCCUCUUAUCGUCCCCAGGAGGGUCCUUGGCUCCUGCCUGGCUGGGCUCUUAUGGUACUUCCUCUGUGAACUGUGUGUGAAUUUGCCUUUCCUCUGCCCUCAGAGGGAAAUUGUAAAUCCUGUGUUUUGUUACUUGAAUGUAGUUAUCUAUUGAAAAAAAUAUAUUAUAUAUAUAUAUAUAUA